AUGGAGCCUCCCGUCCGUGUUAGGAUCCAAGAUGCGUACGAGCGCAUCAAGGCCGAUGUUCCUGUUGGCGUCAACCCUGUGGUGAAAGUGCCUCUCUCUAUUUGGACGCACAACACCAAGCUCCACAUCAACGAAAUCGGAGCCGAUGGAUACGGGAGGUGGCGGUGGCACGGCUGGUGGCACUACGGGAACGACCGCCAGGCAAGCACUCGUCAAGUUGCCAAUCAGUCUCGGCAGGUGACGGCUAUGCAAACGCAACAGCAGGUACGAACGAACGAGGAGAUUCUGACAAGGAUUAUUGCGCAGCACAACCAGCUCCAGCAGCUCAUUGCGCAGGAAGGUAGGACCCGCGACAGUUCGGCUGCUGCUUUGAGAGGUUGGUUGGAGACUUGGCUUGGCGCGGAGCUGACGAAACUCAAUGGAAAUAUUUGCAGGAUUGCUGUUCAGCCUCCAAGGAUGGCAACACCUGAUCAGGCCUGCCAAGCUAGCCAAGUACAGAAACUGUUGGCUCUGCUUGGCAAGAGUGGAUGCAUGGUAUUGGUGGCAAAAGCCAGCCAAGAACUUCAUGCUGAUGAUAUCAGGGCUUGCAAGUCAACCUACUCCAGGAGGAAGCCACUCUGGACUCUCAUGGCUACACUUGUCAAUGCUCAGAAAGCUCCAGCUUGGGUCAUCUCCAAGAUUGAGGAGCAUUACAAAGGAAGUGUUUUGAAUAUUACUGCUGCCAUCAAGCAGGACACCAUUAUGGGCAGUCUGCAUGAGGAUCUUUGUAUUGUUCGUGCUCAGUAA